AUGACUAGAAUAACCUUUGUCAUCCUCUCUGUACUUUUGCUGGCUAGCUUGUCGUCAACCUCAAAUUUCGUCCUAGGAAAGGUCCAUGUUAGGGUGAUGAACAGGUUGGGACAUGGUAGGAGCAUGCAGAUCCACUGCCAGUCUCAGGAUGAUGAUCUUGGCUGUCUCACAGUCCCUGAUGGCCGGGAGAUUGAAUGGAAAUUCUAUGUGAACUUUUGGGGCACAACGCUUUUUUACUGCGCUGUGCAGUGGAAUGGCUCGGUAUGGCAUCAUUUUGAUGCUUAUUCAUACAAACGAGAUGAUAAUAGAUGUGAAGCACGAUGCAACUGGAUGAUAUCAGAGGAUGGUAGAUUAUUUGGUUUUAACCAGAAGCAUGGAACAUGGGAUGUAGUGCAAUUUCAAGAUGCACAAUGA